AUGGGCCCAGCCCACGACCCGUCGUACAUACCCGGGAAAUCACCCCCCGAGAUCCCCACGGCGCCGCCCCAACACAAUCCUGCAGUCCCGCCGGAGGUGCCGCGGACGCCCAACAUUCCGGACUUUGAUCCAAUUCCUCCAGAAAAGCCCGCUGACCCGCCAGUCCCCGAAUUCCCAGGCCCAGCGGACCCGAUUCCAAAGAAACCCGACCCGCCAGAAACGCCGGGGCCUUUGCCACCAGGGGAGCCCGAGGUGGUUCCUCCUCAUGGGCCCGAUGUGAUCCCGCCGGGGCCCGACAUGCCACCUCCCAUCAUGGGAUUGGGCUCCACUGGAUUUCACUUUUACUAA